AUGCAUUCAGAUAAUGAACAAGAAGAUGGGAAUGUUAAUAGAAAAGAUAUUAAAGUUAAAGUUGAAAGAUUUUGUGAACAAUCACAAAUUUAUUUGAAUCGAUUACCAUUACUUAAACAACAAUUGGAGGAAACAAAUCGAUCAAAUCAAUUUGAUUUAUAUGUACAAAAAUUGAACGAAAUUGGCAAAACUGUUCAAAAUUUACUCCAAAAUAUUCGUACUAUUGAACAAUUACAUUUACAAUUAAACGAUAAAGACCGUGUUAAACUCGAUCGUCAAAUUCAACUUCUACGAACUGAAAUCGAUCGUGAAAUGUCUGAAUUUCAAAUACUUCGUGAGCAAGCUAAGGUUUCUUCAAUGGAUGAAAAUUUAUCAUCAAUCGAUGACACUAAUAAUAAUAAUAAUAAUAACGAUAUACAGCAAGAUAUAAUGGCAAAUGAACUCCGUCAACGACAUGUAACAACAACAGAUCGUUUAAAUGAUUCAUAUAAUUCACUUGAACAAGAUUUAAUACUUUUACAUGAGACUAUGGGUGAAGUCGCACAACUUAUUGCACAACACAACGAAAAAAUAUCAAAUACAGAACGUUUAAUAAAUAUAGCACACGAUCGAAUACAUGAAGCAUCGACAUUACUUCAACAAGCAGUUCAUAAUAAAUAUGUUACAAUAGUAUCAGGCGCUCUACUUGGUGCUAGUCUUGGUGGACCUGUUGGAUGUUUUGUGGGUUUAAAAAUGGGUGCAUUAGUAGCAUUGAGCGGUUCGGCUGUUGGUGCCCUGUCAGCAAAUUUUAUGCAACAAAGAAUAACACGAAAUGAUGAACCAAAAACUAAUGACAUAUCUUAUAAUCAAGCUAUGCUUUAA